CAGCCACAUCCCCUCUCGAGAGACUUGUCUCGACCCACAGGCACCGCCCACCACUCCCCGCCCUCCUCGCGCCCUCAUCCCCUGCCUCCCCCCGUCUUUCUCCCACCAUGGACGCCGCUGCUGGCAACGAUGAGGAGGUGCUGAGCCUUCCCCUUGCUGUUCGCCUCGAGCACAAGUCCUGGAAAGCCCGGCGCAGUGGCUACGAGGAGUUGACUACUCUCUUCCGGACGCUGGACCCGGAUUCGCGCGAAUAUGACCGCUGGCAGCCCCUCCUCAAGGGCAUGUCUGCCGACACCAACAACAUUGCCUUGGACGCCGGGUUUGUGGCGAUCAGCACCUUCUUCGAGAAUGCCGACCGGGUGGGUGAUGCCCCUGCUGCCGUGCUGCCGGGGCUGGUGAACAAGGGGCUGGCUUCGCCGCGCUCCAUCACCCGCAGCAAGGCGCAUGACACCAUCCUCGCCAUCAUGGCCGCCGGCACGCCGGAUCCGGUAGUUCAAGAGCUACUUCCCUUCCUCGACAACCGCCUGCCGAAGUUGGUGGCCGCUGUCAUUGCUGUCCUCAACGACGCGGCCCUGCAAUUUGGCACCAAAACCCUCAAUCCGCGGCCAUUGCUUGCGUGCUUGGAAAAGAUUUUCGCCCAUUCGGACCCCGGCGUCCGGAGUGCCGGCACCCAGCUGGCCGUCAGCCUCCGGCGUUGGAUCGGUGUCGCGCCGCUGACAGCUCUCCUGUCGAACCUCAAGCCGGCUCAGCAAAAUGAGCUGAAAGCCCUGUUCGAUGCUCAGCCAGCCGAUCCCCCCGUGCAGACGCGCUUCACUCGGGCUCAGCUUCGGGCUCAGGCCCUGGCGGCCGAGAAGCCGGCAGCUGCCACCGGCGGCGCCGAUCUGGACGCCGGGCUCGAAGCCGGGGAUGAUGCCCCGGAAGAGCCGGCCGAGGUGGACCCCUUCUCAUUGCUGGAGCCCAAGGAUGUGUCAUCCAACAUCCCCGACAACCUGGAAGAAUCGCUUACUGGCGGGACCUGGAAAACCCGCAAGGAGGCUCUCGAUGAGCUCAUCAAGGUUGUGGAUUUCCCCCGUUUGGCCCCCUCACCGGCAUUGGCGCACGCCGUUCGUCUUAUGAAGAAGUCCCUCGGCGACACGAAUGUCAUGGUGGCCAUGGCUGCCGCGCGAGUGAUCGAGCUGGCGGCACUCGGCCUGCGCGAGGCCUUCGAGCCGCUUGUCAGCGCGAAUCUCGGUGCUCUGAUCGACAUGUUCAAGGAGAAGCGCCGCAAUGUGGUUGAGGCUCUCGCCAAGGCCGUGGACGCGUCGCUCCUGUCGUGCACCAUCUUUGAGCAUGCCGAGACCUUUACCCCCGGUCUUGGCCACAAGAAUCCCAGCAUUCGCAAGGAGACCUCACUGGCCUGCCUGCGCUACCUGCAGAAGGUCAAGACCAUCCCGGAUCAGCCAGAGGCCCGGUAUCUGCGUGAGCAGGCCACCAAGCUCAUGGACGACUCGGAUUCGACCAUCCGCGAGUGUGCCUUUGACAUCCUCGGCACGCAGAUGCGUCUCCACGGGGAGCGCUUUAUGGCCGGGGUCCUCGAGGGCACGGACAAGAUCAAGCAGGAGAAGAUUCGCGCCGCCUUCGAGAAGGCAACCGUGGUCGCCAAGCCGGCCCGUACCGCGGCGGCGGCGGCGGCGGCAGGGGCGGCGGCGGCGGCUGCCCCGGCGGCGCGCCCCUCCGCUUCGGGCGCUGCCACGGCUCGGCCAGGCGCCAUGGCCUCUAGGCCAGGUGCCGCCUCCGCCGGUGGUGCCAAGCCUGGACUCAUGCGGCCGGGUGUCACAUCUACUGCUGCUGGUCCUGCCGCUGGCACGGCCGGGGGGCGGUCCCUGCCCCCGACGGCGGGAGCCGCGCCCGGUGGGGGAGCUUCUCCUCCGAUGUCGGCCGUCACUCCGGCUGCGUCGGCCCCGGUCCCGGCCCCGGCCCCGGCCGAGCCUUUUGCCUUCCUCCCGUCCAAUGCCCGGGUGCGCGAGGCGCGCAUUCGCCGGGAAUUGCGCUGGCAAUUUGACCAAGCUCGGCCGGAAUUCCAGCAGAGCUUGGCCGGGCAAGUUGAGGGGCACCUGACGCCCGAGCUGGCGGCCCUGGUGGCAUCGACCGACCCCCGGCGCCAUGCCCAAGCAUUGGACCUGUUCGAGCAGGCGGUCGGCCAGACGGCUCCCGGGGGGCCUGGCGGCCCGGCCGGGUCUCCGGACGAGCUGUUUGCCCUGCUGGACCCGAAUGUGGACUUGCUGUACAAGUUCCUGACGCUGCGGCUGUUCGAUUCGAAUACCGCCAACAACAUGAAGGCCGCCUCGGUGCUGGAUGCCAUGCUCGGUGUGCUGGAGGCCCGGCGUCGUCCAUUGGCCGACUAUGAUGCCGGAAUCCUGGUCCCUGUGUUGGUCAUGCGCCAGGGCGAGCUCCGGGACCCGGUGCGCCGGGCCUUGCGCCAAAUCAACCACCAGCGCAUCCCGGCGGUUUAUCCGGCGGCCCGAUUCUUUGCCCUGGUGUGGGACACGGUCCAGCGCCCGACCAAGAAGCUCCAAAUCCGUGUUGAUGGCCUGGAGAUUCUGGCGGGUCUGGUCACCACGCAGGGGGUUGCCGCGUGUGGCGCCGGGCCUGGGGCCGAUCCCGCGGCCAGCGACCCGCGCCUGGAUGCCGGUGGCCCGGGGCGCUUUAUUCCGCAGCUGCUCAACCUGGCCGCCGGCGAGCCGGCAGCAUCGGCCCUUCGGCAGACGGCUCUCAAUCUCCUGCGCCAGCUGUACCUGCUGGAUGCCGGGAUCCUGCGCCAUGUACCGGCUGCCCAUCGGCGCAUGGUGGACGAGCGUCUGAAGAAGGACCUGAAGCCGGGCGCCGCUCCGUCGGUUAUCUCCGGUGGUGCAAAUGCCCAGCCGCCAUCCAUGGUUGGUGCUGAGCCUGCCAUUGCUGCUCCCGUGGCCGAGCGUCCGGGAUCCGGCUCCUUCGCCGCACCCCUGCCAGUCCCCGCUGCGGCGGAGCCCCCCGCUCCGGUUGCCCCCGCCGGCAGCAGUGUGCCCUUUGGCCAGAUGCCCCUGUCAGCCAGCAGCUUUGGUGCUGACCGAGGCUCGCUUCCGCGGUUCUCCCUCCAGCUGUCUGACAGCGUGGCCCAUGCGCCUCUUUCGGCUGGCGGUGACGCUGGGACCGAGCGGACCAACUUCGCCGAUGUUGAGUCCCUCAAGCGCCUGGAGAAGCUCCUCUCCGUGUCGCCAAUCGCCAAGGUCAGUGAAGUGGACCAUAUCACCACGAGCGCGGUCCGGCAGCUGCAUAUGUCACUUUCGGCCUCCUUUACGGGUGUCACCUUGCCCGGGCAGCAGCCCGAUGCAGCAGGCACCCCGGCCGAUGUCGGGCGUCUGGCCAUGCACCUGGUCGGUGUGCUGGUCCUGGUGUUCGGGGACUUCAUCCUGGCCCAGAGCGUUGGCUCGGAAGCCGUGGGGCUGGUGGCCCGAGAGCUGCUCCUGCGUCUGCUGGACCCCCGGGUUCGGUCACACUUCCCCAAUGGCGAGCAUCUCAGCCGAGCCUUUAACUUGGCCAUGACUCGGGUUCUGGAGAAUGGCGAUGUGUCCCGGUCAAUUCACGUCCUGCUGGGCAUCCUGGGGGCUUGCUUGUCCGGCCGCGGAGCCGGCAUCCUGAGCAUUGGCUCGCCAGUUGACCUCGACCCGCGUCAGCCACCCGUCGAGCGGGUGGCCGAUCUGGUUAUGAAGUGCAUCUGGAAGAUGAUGAACAGCCAGGUAUUCUACCGGUGGCUGGCCAAUCCGGCCUCCAAUGUGGACGCCUUCCUCCUGGACCUACACAACUUCCUCCUUGCCUGCCCGCCGGCCAUGCUGUCGCGCCGCGCGGCCGAGGGGGCCGUCCUCGGGGACCACCCCCUCCGGACCAUCAACAAUCUCAUCUCCGAAGCUGUCCAGUCCAAGGAUCAGAGCAUUUACAACUAUGUGGGGCUGAUCCCGGACUUCACCAACAGUCCCUUGGCCCCGCUCAUUCAGGUGACCCUGGAGCGCUUCCGUGCUGCACGGGCCAACGCCGCGGCCGCUGGGCCCGGGUCGCCACAGCUCCCCACUCCCGGGGCGGCUGCCGCCCUGGUGGCGGUGGCCGCCCCGCCGGCUGGGGGGCCCUCUUCGGCUGGAGCCUCACCAGCUAAUAGCUUUGGCCCGGGCGGCCCCAGCAGCCACGGUGCCUGGGGAGCAUCCACCGACUCCGCCAGCGCCUUUUCCGGUUCCUUCCCAGCCGCCGGCGCGGUAACCCCCUCGCGCUCGUCCAUUCCCGGCGGCCUGCCCUCGGGUUACCACUCGACCGGGUCCUUUGCCGCCACGACUCCCAUUCCCGCCGGCAGCCGCCCCGCCAUGUGGAGCCCUCAAACGCCGCUGGCCGAUGCGGCCGCCGUCGCCACCAUGGCCGCCAUGGCUGCCCCUGCUGCUCCGCCGGCCGAUCCACGCAUCCGCUUCCCGGCCGGCAUCCCCCCGAUCGACAUUCUGUCUACCAUCUACCGGAAGAUCUCCGAGUACGAGGACACCCGCCAGCGUCUGCGCGAGCUCUUCUACUUCCGCCGGCAGUUCUUCCCAGCCGAGGAGCGCCUCUACCAGGACUUCCUGGCCCAGCAGCCAGAUGCGGUCAAGGGCUUUGUUGAGCGUGGUCUUGAUCGGGUUCUGGCCGAGGAAGGCGACGCUGCCGAUUACCAUGAUGCCGUCGAUGCUGGCCGCGCGUCGGCCCUCGGCCGGCCCACCUCUUCCGGCGAUUCGGCGGCUCCCUCAUCGACCUCGGGGCAUCACUCCCCCGAGGAGCGUGCCGCCCGGCUGUCGCCGUUGCUGACUCCGGCCGCGCUGAUUCCCGGGACUUCGGCGGCGCCUCCGGCCGCUGCCUCGUCUUUGCCUGCCGGCUCAGCCGAUGUCGCUCCCGGCACAGCCCGACCGAACCUUGCCUCGAUUAAGGAGCGACUGGAUCGCCUCCGCCGUCAGUAAGCCCCUUCCCAAAUGUGUCCUCCCCUACCUUGCCACACAUGCAUGCGCCUCUCCUCUUCGCCUCUUUCGCAUGCACAUAUCCAUAUCAACUCAUGUACCAUCGGCGCCCCCUCGGCGGCCAUGCAGACGAUUGUGUCGCCCCGGUGGAAGGAUACCUUCCCGAUCCAAUGAAUACACCUACAUUUAGAA